CCCUCCUCAAGGCCGGUACAGCCAAAUAGUGCUUGUAUUCAAUAUUGAUCCAAAAGCUUUUCGUUUAACCUCGUGGUAGCUCCUUGCUUUUAAGUCUUCGUGACCGCCCAGCACAUUUCUCCUUGAACGAGGGACGCCGCCAUGGCUUCCAAGAAGCCUGAGGCUUUCUACCGCGUUGAGGAUGGUAUCGCCAUCAUCACGCUUAACUAUCCGCCGCUGAACGCGCUGCACCCUCUUCUGCUCCGCUCCCUCUUUGACCAACUCCGUCGCGCUCACUCCGACCCCACCGUCCAAGCCGUUGUGCUCACCGGCGCCAACAACAACUUCUGCGCUGGCUUCGACAUUAACCAAUUCCAGAACCCAGAUGCUGGCGCGGGCGGUGGCAUCGACAACACCAUCAACGACUCCAUCUGCGAGGUCCUGGAGGGCGGCGCGAAGCCCACCGUGGCGGCCAUCCAGGGUGUGGCGCUGGGAGGCGGCCUCGAGGUCGCCAUGGGAUGCAAUGCCAGGAUCGCCACCCCCGGCACCCGUCUGGGCCUCCCGGAGUUGCAGCUGGGCAUCAUCCCCGGGUUCGGCGGCACGCAGCGGCUGCCGCGGCUGGUGGGGCUGGCCAAGGCGGCGGAGAUGAUGCUCACAAGCACGCCCAUCAAGGCGGAGGCGGGGCUGAAGCUGGGCCUGGUGGAUGCGGUGGUGCCGGCCGAGCAGCUGCUGCCGGCGGCCAGGGCGCUGGCUCGCGACAUUGCUGCGGGCAGGAAGCCGCGGCUGUACUCGCUGACACGCACGGACAAGCUGCCCGCCCUGGGAGAGGCGCUCGCCACCAUUGAGAUGGCUCGGGCGGAGGCCAACCGGCGGGCCCGGGGUCUGCGCCACCCACAGCUCUGUCUGGAUGCGAUUCAGGCUGGUAUCGAGCGCGGCGGUGCUGCGGGUCUGGCAGCCGAGGGCGCCGCCUUCGCCGCCGCCGCCUCCCUGCCCACCCACAAGGCGCUGGUGCACAUCUUCUUCGCGCAGCGCUCAACCAAGAAGGUCAAGGGCGUCACGGACGUGCCGGGUCUGAAGCCCCGCCCCAUCCGCUGCGUGGCGGUGCUGGGCGGCGGGCUGAUGGGCAGCGGCAUCGCCACCGCGCUGGUGCUGGCGGGGGUGGAGGUCAUCCUCAAGGAGGUCAACCAGGGCUUCCUGGACGCGGGCAUGGGGCGCAUCAAGGCAAACCUGCAGAGCAGGGUCAAGAAGGGCGCCAUGACGUCCGAGGCGGCCGCCAAGGCGCUCUCCCUGGUGACGGGCGCGCUGGACUACUCGGGUUUCGGAGCCGCGGACAUGGUGAUUGAGGCGGUGAUUGAGGACAUUGGACUCAAGCAACGGAUCUUUGCGGACCUGGAGAAGUCCUGCCGGCCCGACUGCAUCCUUUCCACCAACACCUCCACCAUUGACAUCGACCUGGUGGGAGCCAAGAUGCAGGGCGGACCCACGGGUCCGGCGGCCUCGCGGCUGCUGGGGGCGCACUUCUUCAGCCCCGCGCACGUGAUGCCGCUGCUGGAGAUUGUGCGGACCAGCCGAACAAGCCCGCAGGUCCUGCUUGACACGCUCGCGCUGUCCUCACGCAUCAAGAAGACCCCCGUGGUGGUGGGCAACUGCACCGGCUUCGCGGUCAACCGGGUUUUCUUCCCGUACACGAUGUCUGCCGUACUGCUGGCAGACCUGGGUCUGGACCCGUACCGCAUCGAUACCGUGGUGGCGGGCAAGUUUGGCAUGCCCAUGGGGCCCUUCAGGCUGAACGACCUGGUGGGUUCCGACAUCGGGCUGCACGUGGGCGCCAACUUCGUGACCUCCUUCCCGGAGCGGGUCUACGUGUCGCGACUCAUCCCGCUGCUCAACGAGGCCAAGCGGCUGGGCGAGAAGACCGGCAAGGGCUUCUACAAGUUCGACUCCAAGACGCGCAAGGCCAGCCCCGACCCCGAGCUCGCCCCGCUGCUGGCGGAGUCGCGCAAGGCCGCCGGACUGGUCCAGCCGGGCGCCAAGCCGCCCGCGCUGACGGACGCCGACAUCCUGGAUUUCAUAUUCUUCCCGGUGGUGAACGAGGGCUGCCGGGUGGUGGCGGAGGGCAUUGUGGACAAGGCGGCGGACAUGGAUGUUGCGUCCGUGAUGGCAAUGGGAUUCCCCGCGGUCAAGGGCGGUCUCAUCUUCUGGGCUGACCUGGUGGGCGCCCAGCGCAUCGUGGCCCGCCUGCGCCAGUUCGCCGCGAUGGUGGGUCCGACCCACGCCGGCUUCUUCAAGCCAUGCGAGUACCUGGUGGCAGCCGCGGAGUCGGGACGCAAGCUGUCGGCCGGGCCGCCCGCGGCCGCCAAGCUGUGAGGGAGGCGAGGGGCGCGUUGCACGUGUCGAAGCGGACGGUCAUGUGGGGCCGCUGAGGCUGCCGUGUGCCGUUCCUGAUGCGGGUUUCGGAGCUGACGCGAACACGCAAGGCAACUUUGUUAGUAGUACGUCUGUAUAGGUAGUAUUGUGGUAUACAUGUAUAAGUCGUGUUAUCGUCGUGUAUUAAUUCGUCUUCGUUUCGUCAUUUGCAGUCGUCAUGCGGUUUGGUAACGUGGUGGCGCCCAGAGCUGGAUGGUGAGUGGUCAUGUAACAUUUCGAGUUGUCACUAUGGCCAUAGGAUCUGCGUACCGUGUAUGUUACCUUCUGGUUCAUUGUUUGAAUGAGUUUUGUUCGGCCUUGAAAGCUUCGUAGGCUUGGGACGAGCAAUCUGGGUCAUGGAGGUGGCGGGCCCUUUGCGCGGAUAUGUACCGUGUAGGGGUGUUUAGGGUCAUGGUACGAUUAUUGUAGAAUUUGCUGAUGCACAGUAGCGUUCGACAUAUGCGGCGGUUGCCAUACCUUGUUAUUAGGAGUGGGUAUGAUGUCGUCGCCCAUGGAUGCCUUAAUGCACACAGCAUAUGUCGAGUCGAAGCUAGGUACUCGCCAGGGGUUUGCUAUUUAAACCCCCCGCCGCACCUGUCUUGUGCUGCAUUUUGGCACUAAGCAAGCCCUGAGCAAGCACGCAAAAGAGCUGCCAAUGUGGAUUGUUACCACCGGCUACUCACAAGCAGUGGUAAUAUAACGUUCUCUUGGCGCAUGUGCAGACACUCCUAAACAUUCUUUCCUCGAGUUUGGCGCGGGGCUGGCAUGUUUCGUGUUACUUGUUGGGUGUCAUUCGUAUCUCAUACCUACCGUGCUAUUGGAUCUA